AUGACGGCGACAAGUAAAAAUAUCGAAUUAAUCGUGAAACAAUGGACAGCAUUUGAUCUAAAGACAAUUCAGCAUGAUUUGGAUGUGACAACGACUGAAAUCGCAAGCCGUGCCGACGAAAGUGAUCAAUCGAGAAAGAAAUUGGUUGAAUUGAGCCGUGAAUUUCGAAGAAAUACCACUGAGGAUGUUCGCAAAAUCGUCGCACCUAUUUUGAAAUCAUUUCAAGGAGAAAUCGAUAGUUUAUCGAAACGCAGCAAAGCAGCCGAAAAAGCUUUCUUGGAAAUCUACCGUCAUCUCAGUGAAUUACCAGAUCCCGUACCGGCACUUGAAUACGCUCAAUCCUUACAACGUCGAUCGGAAAAAGUGUCGGAUCUCGAAGUUGAAAAUCAGAAACUACGAGAAACACUAGCUGAGUACAAUAAUGAAUUUGCUGAUGUAAAAAAUCAAGAAGUAACAAUCAAACAAUUGCGUGAAAAAAUUAAAGAUUUGGAAGAUAAAACCGAAUCAACUAUCCAGCAACGUGUGAAAGACAAAGACAAAGAACUUCAACGUAUCUACGGAGAAAAAGAACGUCAGUUGCAAAAUCAACAAUUUGAUCUUGUUACUAAAUAUGCCGACAUGGAAGUGCGUCAAAAACAAUUGCAAACUGCAUUAGAUCAUGCGCAUCAAGAGAUGUUUGAAUAUAAAUCGAAACAAGAAGAUGCAACAAGUGCACGUUCAUCUGAGAUCGAUAUUCUCAAUCAAGAAUUAGAGCGAGCGAACGAACGAGCAACAAAUAGUGAACGUUUAGUUGAUAAGCUUCGUGAACAACUUGAACAAGCGCAUAAUCUCAUGACAUCAACAUCGACGAACAAGACAUCGGAUGAAAGUAUCCUACAAGAAGGAAUCGAACGAAGCCUGCGCGAGAAGCUCGAAUUAGAACUUGCUUCGAAGGAACGAGAAAUCGCUGCACUUGUGAUUGAUACACAAAAGUUACAGUCAACUCUCAUUAAAGUGAAAGAAACAUCGGUGACUCAGAUUUCUGAUCUCGAAAAUGUUUUAUCAUCUAAAGAAAAACUUAUUGCACAACUCGAGGGUAAAUUACAUAGUCAAGCUGAUUACGAUGAAAUCAAACGUGAAUUGACUAUUCUGAAAUCAAUUGAAUUCUCCUCAAGCGAUCGCUCGACCGAUGAUCAACCGAAGAAGUCGUUAGAAAUUCUUCUCUUGGAGAAAAAUCGAGCAUUACAAAGUGAACAAACGCAAAUGAAAGUUGCUCAUGCCGAUCUUGAAAGUAAAAAUAAUCAUCAUUCAUGCCGUCAUUGUUCUUCUCCGUGUUCACAUCAAACAAAUACUCUUUCUAUUCUUCCCUCUCCUCUAUCACCUUCUCAGUUACCUCUGAAACCAUCAUUUCAGUCAACUAAUUCUAAUCAGACUGAAGAGACGAUUAGAUCUCCAACUAAUUCUCCUUCGAAAAUCAUUUCUAUCCUAUCAUCAAACGAAACUCUAACACCGUCGUGCCAUUCUCUCUCUGUUCCUGUCGACGCCAAAUACAAAUCCUGUCCAAUUAUGGUCACACCAACGACACAAAUUUUAUCUUCAACAUCGACAGAAUCUUUUCCCAUCUUAGAUCAAAAACUAAGUGCUGUGCAAUGGACAACACUCCCAUGUCCAUCGACGGAGAUCAAACCAUCGUUACAGUCUCCGACGAUGAAUAAUUGUUUAGAACCUCUGGACACGACCUAUGUUGCAAAUGUCGUACGCAAAAUUCUUGCGCAACAUAACAUCGGUCAACGAAUCUUCGCUCGAUACGUUCUAAGUUUAUCCCAAGGUACCGUCAGUGAAUUAUUAUCAAAGCCCAAAGCGUGGGCAAAACUAACAGAAAAAGGCAAAGAAAGUUAUCGAAAGAUGUGGACUUGGGCCAAUUCCGAAGAAAGCAUUCUCGCUCUGAAAAGCAUCAGCCCACGUAAAGGUGCAAAAGAUAAUACUUACCCAACUGUGCAACAAAAGGUUCUUCAAGCUGUAUCCGAAACACAGAAAUCGCCUCGAAGAUCUUCAUCAUCUGCAUCGUCAACAUCUAUCUCUCGAGCAAAUUCACCUGUGGAACAAAAGCCAUUCGUUCCUUCGAUAUUCUUUCCUAGCUUUGUUCCUUCAUUACUCAUGCAAACAACCAAUCGACUAAAAAAUGAGCCAUAUCCACCCUACGAUCUACUGUGUUCACAACCAGAGAACUAUAGAAACUGGUUAAUGUUACAAGAAAUUGUGCGAAAUAAUACUUUACUUAAACAAGUUAAACCGUCGGAAUCGGAAUCUGACGAGAAUCAGGAUGAUGAUGAAGGAGAAGAGGAAGAUGUCAAUGCAAUUCCAUUGGAUUUAAGUAUGAAAGCAGAAACCGAUUCAUCUUUCUUCAACAAACAAUCUCCUUUGAAACAGAACAAAGCAAUAUUACCACCAUUGAAUGAACAAGAUGUCAUCAAACAUCGCCAUAUAAACACAAUGGAAUUAGUGCAAAACGUAAAGGAUAUCCUAAGUCGUUACAGCGUUUCUCAGCGACAUUUUGGAGAGAAAAUUCUUGGUUUAUCUCAAGGAAGUGUUAGUGAUAUUCUUGCCCGACCAAAACAAUGGGAACUAUUAACACAAAAAGGUCGCGAACCGUUCAUUCGUAUGCGUUUAUUUCUGGAUGACCCGACGGCAAUUAGCCUACUGACACAUUCAAUCCCUUCUUCAUCGUCACCAAUAGCCGCCAACGAUACCCAUGCAAAUAACUUUAUAUCCGAUGAGAAUUCAAUGGACUCACAAUCCGAUGAUUGUUCUCGAAUCUGCUCUAAUGAAAGUUUAUCAUCUACACCAAUCAAUGGUAUCACACCAAAAAUAAUAAAUAAGAAAAAAACGACAUUUUCUGGCAAAAAUACUAAAGACCCAUCACGAGUACCGCCUUCAACAAAGCCACAUAUGCCACCCUAUUGUUUACCAAAACUGCCUCCGCCCACUACCAUUGAUACCGAACAACUGAGCUCUCGAGUUCGUGAACUACUCUCUUCAUACAGUAUUGGUCAACGUGUCUUUGGAGAAGCUGUUUUGAAUCUUUCUCAAGGAACGGUUAGUGAAAUUCUAUCUAAACCACGACCAUGGCAUGCGUUGAGUGUCAAAGGUCGAGAACCCUACUUACGUAUGCACAGUUGGUAUCAUGAUACAGACAAUGUGCAAAAACUUCUUGCAUGGAAACAAGAACGAGAUGUCCUACGUCGAAAUACCCGUCCAGUAACUAAUGAAAGUUUUGAUAGCGAAAGUACAACGACUCCCUCCUCGAAACGUCGAUAUCUAUUCACUGAUGAUCAACGGCGUGCACUAAAACAAAUUUUCGAGAAUGAACCAUAUCCAAGUCAAGCACGACUAGAACAGCUUGUCGAUGAAUUAUCUUUACCAAUGAAUAAAAUCUCCAAUUGGUUUCACAACGCUCGAAUGCGAACAAAAUCCAAUACCCAAUCAAUUGAUCUGGUAAAAACUUCAGCAUCACCUCGCACCGAUGAUAACAACAACGAAGAUGACGAGGAGGAUGACGAUGACGACGAUCAUGCGCUUUCCAUUGCUCCUUUGAAUAAUUCAUGGUUCAACGAUUCAGAUAGUGCACGAAGUCCAAUUAACAUAGCAACCAAUCUUCUCUCGACACCCGACGAACAAAAAUCUAUCCCAACACCUCCGAGCUCAAAACGCUACCAUGAACUGGAGAAACGCUGUCGAGAAUUCGAAAAUGCGAAUCAUGAAUUGAAACAAUUGAAUGUUCAACUCGAGAAGGAUUUAUUAAGUGUUGGUGGUGUUACUGAAUUAUUUCGACGAGGACCUGAGGGACAACCAAGUGAUAGUAGCUCGAAUGAGACUGGCAUAAUGAAAGAUGUUCUCAAUCAAUCAUCAGCACCUACAACAUCAUUUAAAGAGACUCAACGUGAACGAUUUCGUAUUCGAAAUGUUGAAUUGGAAAAUGAAAAUGUAUCAUUGAAACAGCAAAUUGGAAUUUUUCAAAAUGAAAUGGAUAAAUUACGAUCGGACAAUAUUAAAUUAUAUGAAAAAAUCAAAUUUGUUCAGAACUAUCCGACAACACGUGGAACGGACGAAUCUGUCGAUCGAUAUUCGCGGGGUUAUGAUGCAUCCUUGGAUCCAUUUGCUAAUUUCACUAAACAGGAAAAACAAAGAAAAUAUGAUUCACUGAAGUUGCACGAAAAAUUCGCGUUAAACUUUGGUCGUUUCAUACUAUCGUCACAUCAGAGUCGAACAUUUUUUGUUAUUUAUUUCAUUCUUGUCCAUAUUCUCAUCUUUCUUUCACUCUACAAAAUGGUUCAUGUUGGGUCAUCAGUGCGGGAUAUGUCACAAGUUUGUUUUGAUAAAUUUCGUGAGCAUAUGGCAGGCGUACAUGGAGACAGGGAUUUUCAUUUUGAUCACGCUCAUGCUCCUGCAGGUGCAGGUCCUGGUGGCGCUCCGCCACAUCGUUGA